CAAUAAAUUAUUGUUUCAAUAAUCGAGAGACUUAAAAUUGUCUACACCCAAACUCCUCCCAGAAGCCAGAAGGUCGAGGAAUUCACCAACUACGACAAACUCUGCGCUUGGUUUCCCUGUCCUCACUCCUUUAAAUUAAAUUUUUUCAACGCAUUCUCAUUGAAAACUUCAGGGGUCCUCUUCAUAGGCCACUCAUUUUAAUCCGCUUUCCCCUCCCUCCUCCUUUCUUGUCCCUGUCAUCUCCAUUCUUCUGCAUCUUUCAUUGGAUUGCACGUCUUUAAUGCCUUCUCCGGAAUUUUCUCCUUCGAUUCAGUGUUGAUUCUUUCUCUCUCUCGGACCUCCAACUGACCCAUUUCAGGUUUUAUUAAGCUCCGAUCAUGUCCUUUAUCAGACUUUUUUCUCGUCUCCCUGCUCAUGUCACCCUGAAAAUCACCUUAUACUGCAUCUAAAACUAGCAUGUGCACCAUCCGGGCAAACCCAGGUCUCUGUUUUUCCAAUAACCUCUCUUAUGGAUCUUGUGAGCGGGAACUACUACCUACAUGGAUCACAAGCUCCUCCCCCCAUGAAAAGCCAGCAGAGCUCAAUCUUUCACGCUCCAUUACAUUCCUCAGACACAAGUUUCCCCAUUAUAGUAAUUGCAAUCAUAGGAAUUUUGGCCACAGCCUUGUUGCUGGUAAGCUACUACAUCUUCGUUAUCAAGUGCUGCCUCAACUGGCAUCGUAUCGAUCUUCUGCGUCGGUUUUCGAUCUCGCGAGGUCGUCGUCACGACGACGUGUUAGCUAUGUACUCUCCGCCGCCGACGGAGCGCCGGGGACUCGACGAAUCCGUAAUUCGAUCAAUCCCCAUAUUCCAAUUCAAAAAGGGGUAUAGAGAAGAGUUUGGAGAGAGAAGCUUUUGUGAGUGUGCAGUUUGCUUGAACGAGUUCAUGGAAGAAGAGAAACUAAGAAGCCUACCAAAUUGUGGCCAUGCGUUUCAUAUUGACUGCAUUGAUGCGUGGCUUCAGAGCAAUGCCAAUUGCCCACUCUGCAGAACAAGCGUUUCAAUCACAACCCGAUUUCGGAUCGAGCAAAUAGUCGCGCCGACCUCUUCGCCGCAGCAUCCGAACCCAUACAGCGGUAGCCCCAUGGGAGGGGAUGAAGAUUUUGUGGUGAUUGAGUUGGGGGAAGAUAACUCUGCUCAUCAAUUAUCAGCUAGAAGGCAAGAAAGGUUGGAUUCAGGGGAUUUGCUGGCACAGUCAACGUGUCCUUCGCCGAUGAAGAUAGAGGCAACGAUGGCGCAGAGGAAGGGAAGGAAAUUGAGUCAUCAGGUUUCAAGUAUGGGGGAUGAGUGCAUUAAUACAAGGGCAAAAGAUGAACGCUUUGCAAUCCAACCCAUAAGGAGGUCCUUUUCUCUGGACUCCUCGAAUGAUCCUCUGUUUUAUAUGUCAAUUCAAGAGAUUGUGCAGAAGAACAGCCAUUGCAAUGGGGCCUGCUCCAGUGAAGGUAGCAGUAGUAGAUUUAGAAGAUCAUUGUUUUCCUUCGGCCAUGGCAGAGCAUCCAGAAGUGCAGUGUUGCCAGUUAAUUUGGAACCAUAAAACAAGAUUUCUCUUUCAUUUGUAUUAUGCUUAUAGUGUUUUUGCGCCAUUAGAAUAUUGAUUAAGAGGUUAGCUAGCUAUAGGGCUACAUUUUGGUAUAAAAGAGGAAUCCAUUGAAAUUUGAAAGUAAAGCUGCUUUUGAUCA